UGGAGGAAAAAACAACCUGAAACCUUCACACAGCAGACAGGUAAAUGACUGGCGCAGCCCAGAGGCUUGAACCCUGUCCACAACCUGCAGUGUCACUGCUAAUACAGCUGCUCCCAGAUCUGCGGGUUAAUUAGCUACAGAGUCAAACAUAUCAGUUUCAGUUGUUAAUUAAAAUGUCUGUUAGUGCUGUGUAAAUAUGCAGGUUAUGUAGACUGGAGUAUAGAGCUAAUUACAGAUUAGUAGAUUUAAUCUCUGCUCUAAAUGGCCUUAGAGGCGCUUCCUGUUUGCAGCUCAUCUUAUGAUGGAGCAGCUCCAGAAACCACGACUAAAGCGCCACAGCGUGUCCUUCCAUACGUGGCCGAGCAUCACCUGGUUAAACUGUACAGAUAACUGUACACCUGCCCCCCCACGCUCGGUUUGUACUGUUUGCCGUGUCUGCACUUGCUGGCAAUUUGAAUCUUCCUUAUGCAGGAAGGAACCGCGCGCCCUUCAAGGACCCCUGGGGGCUCCAGGAAUCCGUCGAGAACAGACGGUCGUGGAUGCGUUUAUCCUCUGCGCCGCCGCUAGGGGGCGCACGGGCAAAUACCCUCUGCCUCCGAGUCCGUCUUCAUUAAUAGCAGCCAGAUGAAUGACUAACACUCUCCCACAGCUUCUGAAUAUUGAUUUCUCUCUCUCUCUCUCUCUCUGGCAAAUCAUUUGGUGCUGGCUGAUAUAUCGGCGCGUCAAGUGAAAAAAACCCAUCAUAUGUUGAUAUCUUGCGUCAUCGUCACCACGGCGGCGGCUGGUGUUGUUUAUCCUCCGCGCAUCCGACCGCAGCGGCUCCAGCGAACCGAGCGUCCGUCCGUCCGUCCGUCGCCUCCGUCCGUCGCCUCCGUCGGUCCGCGCGCCUCCACCCGCAUGACCUCCGGAGCGACGCGCCGCUCCGCUUAGUGCGAGUGCGUGUGGGAGCGGUUCGUCCGGCGGGGACGCGGGCGUGAUGCGCAUCUCUGCGGGUCUCUAGCGCUGUCGUAAAACUCGAGUCCGGGAGCGAGUGAGCCGCCGUGUGCGCGAUGCCAGGAGUGACCAAGUACAAUUUAGUGGAUGACGCGCACGAUUUGAGGAUCCCCAUGCACAACGAGGAGGUGUUCAAACAUGGGGUGUGCUUCGAGGCAAAGUACAUUGGCAGCUUGGAGGUGGGACGGCCCGGCAGUCGAAUGGAGAUCGUCGCUGCCAUGAGGAGAAUCAGAUACGAAUUCAAGCUGAAGAACAUAAAGAAGAAGAAGGUCAACAUCGUCGUGUCCACCGACUGCGUCAAAGUCCUUUUGCGCAAAAAGAAGAAGAGGAGAGGCUGGUCGUGGGACGACAGCGCCGCCCUGGUGACGCAGGACCCCAUCUACAGGAUUUUCUACGUCUCGCACGAUGCCCAAGACCUGAAGAUCUUCAGUUACAUCGCGAGGGAGGGGCAGAGCAACGUGUUCCGCUGCAACGUCUUCAAGUCCAAGAGAAAGUCUCAGGCCAUGAGGAUCGUGCGGACGGUGGGCCAGGCGUUCGACGUGUGCCACCAGCUGACUCUGCAGCAGAAAAGCGACGGCCAGGAGGAAGAGGAGGAGGAAGAGGAGGAGGGGGAGGGGAAGGUCGAGGAGUCUGAAGCGGCGCCAGCAAAGAAAAGGCUCGCGCUGUCGGACGAGACCGACCCCGAAGCCACGACGGAGGAGAGCAUCGACUGCGUCUCCUCCUCGGACCUGGAGCGGAACCGAGCGGACGAGGCCGCGGGCAGCGGCAGGAAGACGUCCAGCGACCCGUCCCUCCUGCUGAGCUCGCCCGUCCUCGGCGCCCCCGCGCCGGCCCGGUCGGCGGCCGAGGUCCAGCUCCUGCAGAAGCAGCUGCAGCAGCAGGAGCAGCAGGCGCUGGCGGCCGCCGCGCAGGUGCGCGUGCUCCAGGACCAGCUGACGGUGGAGGUGUGCGCGCGGACCGAGGCCCAGGCCAGGGUCCAGAAGCUGCUGCAGCAGAACACGGACCUGCUGCAGCACAUUUCGCUGCUGGUCAAACAGAUCCAGGAACUGGAGCUCAAAGCUGCCGGCCACUUGACGUCCAUGGGCUCUCAGGACAGUCUUCUGGAGAUCACGUUCCGGGCGAAGCCCCCCAGCGCGUUCCCGGAGCCCCUGAUCCCGUCCCAGUCCCAGCUCCAGACCAGCGACGCCGCCUGGGCGUCCUCCCUCCCCGGGCCCUGCUCUCCGGGCGCCGCGGCGGCCGGCGCCGGCCCCCUGGGCCUCGGCGGCAGCGGCGUGCGGCUCGAGUGCUUCCGCUUCUCCUCCCGGGGGCUCGACGGCGAGGAGCGGGGCCCGGACGCCGGGGAGACGCCCAGCGACGGAGCCCCGGACGAGAGCUCGCUCCUCGGGGAGCAGGUUUUGGGCGCCUUGGAGCUGCUCCGGUUCAGGGAGUCGGGGAUCGGAUCGGAGUACGAGUCCAACACGGAUGAGAGCGACGACCGGGACAGCUGGGGCCACGGGGAGGGGGCGGGGGCCGACGGCGCGGCCCGGCUCCUCAAUGUGCUCAACGUGGAGAGUCUGUCCGAUUGUUUAGGGGAUGAGAUGGCCGUGUAGAGCUUCAAAGCGCACACCGCACACACCAUGUAUAGUGACAUUAGUGCACAGCAUUUGCUUUCAUUUAUUUAUGGCCAGUAGUGAAGAGAGAACUCACCGACGUUCGGGCCAAAGGUUUAAAUUCCACCAUUCUCAGUUUCGUCCUUUGAGCCAGGAGACGGCAGAAAUUCAAAUUCUGACCUGAGAGCACGUGUUUAGCUGCACCUUCAUAAUGUCGUCACCCAUUAAACCUUCACUCACCAGAUGAAAACCGCAGACACUGUACACGACUGGAACUCGUUUCUGUGUUUAAAGGCCAUGUGUGUGUCUGUGUGUGUGUGUGUGUGUGUGUGUGUGUGUGUGUGUGUGUGUGUGUGUGUGCGUGCGUGCGCGUGGGUGCGACACGUUGAUCGUUUUUGUCGUGUUUUUAUUGAAGGUCCUUUGAGAAAACAGCAUCUGUACAUAAGAACUCAUUUUAAAGUGAAUUAUUAAACCUGCUCAGAUAA